AUCUGCACCACUCUGAUCUAGAACCUUGGGUUGUGUCGCCUUUUCUACGUCAGUGUGUCCUUCGCCUUUAAGACUGGUGGCACAAUACUUUGACUUACCUGCAGUAACUAUCAAUGAAGGAAGAGGAGGAGAAGGGUUUUUUCAACUGAGCAAAAAAGGAAUACCAGCGACUUCCGCACUCGCUUCAGUCCUCCGAUCCAAACUGGAAAAAAGGAAUGAUAACGAUUUUAGACACAUCUGCCAACAAAACAAUAUAGUACAGUACUUUGCAACACUGAAGGAGUUGUUUCAGUUUUUUUUUUUAGUUUUGUAAGUUUUUAAAUCUGUCUGAUUGUAAUUUGAAACCAAACGCAUUUCCAUUGUCACCUACAGAGUGCUGGGAAACGGUCGGUGAUUUUUUUCUUUCUUUUUUUUUUUUUUUUUUUUAAGACAAGAAAGCGCAACUUGACAACAUGGAACACUUUUUCGACAGCUUUUUUAUCCUAUCUACAAUUUUUGCUAUUUGUCUUGGGCGGAUAGUAAAGGUUCCUGCUGGUCCCUUGAUCCGAGUGGAGGGUAGGGACAUUGUCAUCCCCUGCAAUGUCAGUCACUUUGACGGUCCCCCCGAGCAGGAUUUCGACUGGGAGCUGACCCAGGACUCGGGCUCUAAAAUACAGGUGGUCAGCACGCUUGACUCUUCCUUCACUGAUAAGUCUUACGAAGACAGAGUGAACAGUGGAGAGAUUGCUGUGGAGCGAACCAGUGCCAGCUCUGUAGUUCUCAGGAUUAAACACGUGAAAUUAACCGACAGUGGGAAAUACAAGUGCCUCACUCCCAGCACAGAUGCCUCAAUUAGUGGAAACUAUGACGCGGAAGUCGAACUAAGAGUUAUUUCAGACAGCCUGAAAGUUGCAGCACCAAAAUCUAGAAGUAAAACAGGAAGUAUAACAGAAGGCAGCUCGUUCGACCUGCGUUGCACAGCCUCACAAGAUUCAGUGGAAGGCACCCAUCUCUCGGUCACCUGGGAGGUAAGAAGAGGCGCCGCUUCUGAGAAGAUCCUCUCGCUCAAUCCAGAUGGAGGGGUUAUGGCUGGAAGUGGCUACAGCCAGCGAUACCAGGCCGGAGGUGUGCGCUUGGAGCUGCUGGGCAACGGGGUAUACCGCCUGGUGGUCUCGCAUGCUCUGCCUACAGAUGAAGGCACCUAUGUCUGCGUGGCCGGCCAAUGGGUGAAAGACGAGAGUGGUGCCUGGAAAAACAUCCUGGAGAAGAGCACAGACGUGGGAGAGGUUAAAGUGACGCCCAUUGCGUCAUCCUUAAUGGUUUCAGUUGGAGGAGGCAAUGUUACCUUAAAUGCAGACUCGACACUUGAAUUAACCUGCACUGUUGCAACAGCAAACAGUGACGCCAUCCGCAUGGAGGUCACAUGGUAUGUCAGCCCUACUCCCAGCACAGACCAGGGUAGCUCACGGUUGCUGGUGCACAUGGACCGUGACUCGGUGGUGAAUGGAUCAGACGCCGUCACUGUCAGCCGUGUAAGUGCUGAUGCCACCCGACUGGUGUUCAGAGAAGUUGAAAAGACAGACGCAGGGUAUUACUUCUGCAAGGUGGUCGGGUGGAUGCCACAGUCUGGCGGGACGUGGUACAAAGCAGCGGAGAAGACCUCGACAUCUGUCCGCGUGACAGUUACUUUGUUAGAACCUACCUACAGUGUUCUCCUUAGCGCCCCCACCACUCCACAUUUCUCAGAUGACCCAACAGAGCUGGAGUGUAAAGUGACUGAUGUUCAGAAUGCAAAUGGUACCCGCAUGACUGUUUCCUGGCACUACAGGAAACCCACACCCGCUGACCUGCCCGUCAGUGAUGACCUGAUCGCCACAAUGGACCAGAACUGGGACCUACAGGCUGGGGAAAAGUAUAAGGAGCGUGUGGGGAAGGGACACAUUGUUCUCACCAAGCUAGACCCAGCCGUUUUUAAACUUCAAAUCCUGCACACCCGAGACACUGACAGGGGAGAGUAUUUCUGUACUGUAUCAGCAUGGGCCCAAACAAAAGAUCACAGCUGGGUGAAGACCAAGGAUGUCUCGUCCAGAAAUCUCCCAGUAUCCUGGGAUCAAGAAGAUCCAAGUCUCACAGUUGUUGCUACGCCUCUUAAAGCCGUUUUUUCUGGGGGAGACACCUUUGAGAUGGCUUGCAAGGUUACUGGCAAGAAACUGAAGAAUCCAAAGUACUCCGUGCUCAUUAAUGUGGAGGAGCCUUCCAGCAGGAAGAUCAGGAAGAUCAUGUCUAUGAGUCAGGACUCGGUGACUCGUCUGGAGGAGUGGAACGAAAAGAAUCGCCUGGACAGCGUAGUCCUGGAGAAAUCCAGUGCGGACGAGUUCCGCUUUAGAAUGUAUGGAACUCAGAUCUCUGAUGCUGGGUACUACUACUGUGAGGUCACAGCCUGGACGCCUGAUGCCGGGAACACAUGGAGUGAGGCCACCAGGGGUAUUUCAAACAAGGUGAAGAUCGACUUUGAAAAUACAGGUCCAGCAUUCAGUGUGUCCCUUCAUUCAGACAGACUGACGGUAUACCCUGGGGAGACUGUGAAAAUCGAGUGCGUCAUCACUGUUCAUGGGGCAGCGGCUGGUACAGAUAACAUUUCCUAUGAUGUGAAAUGGUCAGUGAGCACAGAAGACAAGUCGGUCUUCCUGGUUUCAAUGGACCGAUGGGGUGUCAGGACGCUGACUCCACGCAAUGGCAGCAGUGAUUGCAGUCUGGAGAGGAUCAAACCCAGGACGUACCGCCUGAGUAUUCACAACACCGAGGACACUGAUCGCGGGAACUAUCACUGCUCCGUGACACCCUGGAUCCAAACCUCCGACGGAUCCUGGCAGAAAUCACUGGAGAUCCAGUCUGAGCCUGUUCUCUUAAAAGUGGACUUUGCAAUGUUGGAAUCCCUGAAGUACCCCUUGCUGUUGGGAGCUGCUGCUGCACUUUGUGUUGGGCUCCUGGCCAUGCUGAUUGGUUACAUUGGUGCUCGAUUCUGCUGUAAGAACACUUUGCAAGGUGACAUGAGGGUUAACCGGCAGUUAUUGUCCAUGGAAAUGCACUGAGCAGGAGAGAAAGAAGGCAAGAACUGGACAAUCCGCACAGAGCCGUAGUACCCAUCUAAACAAAGUGACGCCUUUAAACUGUAACCCUUUUCUCCAAGAUGCUGGUGCAGAAAAAAAAGGCUCCUGCAAAUAUAUGUUCCAUUGCACUUACAGAACUAGAAAGAGACGAUAUUCCAGUCCUUGUGUGCUGCAUUGCUGACAGCUACAGAAAUGCAGAUUGAAUUAAAGCUGGUCAUCAGCCUUCUAAUUGCCUGCUGCUCUGCGACUUCAUUAAGGGGGGAAAGAGAACCACUUCUUGAUUAAAAGAGACUUCUAUCUAUGAAUGAAUAUUGCACAAGACUCAGGAACUGUUUCAAUGAGAGUUUUGGAACACCUUCCCUCAUUCGAAACAGACUAAAUUACAUUUUGUUUCCAAAAGAUUUAUGAGGUUUAGUUGGAAAUACAAGAUAUCGUAUCAGAUCUUGCAAAGAUAUUGAUACCUACCAAAGGGAAUGGAUUUGACAUUGGUUACAGUAUUUUACAGCCUUUUAGAUUGUAACAAAAUUGUUAAUCUGAGGAAAAAAUGCAAAAGCAUGACUAUGAAUGUUGAAGAAUAUUGUAUCAAACUCCUGCUGUUGCAAUGCUUUACAAAGUGUGACCUUUAGAAAGAAAAAAAACAUACUGAAGACUAUUAAUCCUGCAGUCUCAACUCCACAGUAAAACAUUUUCUUUGUGUUGCUAUUUUAAUAAGAUUCUACUUUUUAAGAGUGAAGACAUUUAUUUUUUUACAGUCUGUUUUAAAGACUCACUGGUGCAAGUAGAUGUUACUGUUAUAAAAGUUGUGCCUUAGUGAGGUAGUUUUUAAAUGCAAAAAAUGAUUUGGCACAAAGAUGUUAACUUCUACUUUCUGGUUUUAGCAUGGCUUUUUCAUUUGAAGAAAAGUGCUGGUGUGUUUCGCAUCUGCAGGUGGGUAUAUUGAUACUGGGAUUGAGUGCAGCUGAUUUAAAAUAAAACAGUUUUAAUACAAAUAUAGCAGAAGAUUAGGUAGCUGAGUAGCCAUGGCUCAAGUGAAACGGAAGUUAUAUUUUUUAAUUUUUUUUUUUUUAGUGUUGUGUUCCGAUUACUAGGUUUGCUGGUAUCAUGUACAGCCCCUGAACAAAAAGCUUGAUUCUAAAAUGAACAUCUGGUCAAUAGCAUUAGUAAGUAUGUAACUGCAUGUUAAUUUUUAUUGAGAAAUACAUACUUUUAUAUUGCCAUCUGACCAUGUAAAAUUAGGGGGUAUCCUUUUAUUUGAUUUUUUUUUUUUUUUUUUACAAAUAUUUUGUUUUAUUUAAGGAGCUUACUUUUCUGUUGUUUUCAGAUUUAUUAAACAGAAUAAGAUUCUUUCCUAUUCUUAACUUGUGAACUUGGGUGUGAGUCGGGUUCCAAAAUGCCCGGGUGCUGGCCCUGAAUGUGAUGUAAAUUAUGAUUUUGUUUUCAGAAGUGUCUUUAAUGCUAGUGUUUAAAAAGGAUACACUGAUUUUUCUGAACUUGUGUUUUUUAAUAUUUUUUGUAUUAACAUUGGGUAUUAAUCUGCUACUUGGCAUCAGAAAUAUAGUUAAAUUUUAAACCUGUGACUGUUCAAAUAAACAACCUUAUUUCUCUUGUAGAUUCUGUACAUUUAGAGGACAAGUUAGGUCGCAGCUCUUGGCAAACAAACAGACAAAAUCAUGUUGAAUUGGACUGGUGAAAAAGAAUAUAUGGCCUGCAUAAGAGUCCUAGCCAGUGGAAAUACAUGUAUUGGUACUUUACCCUUCAACUGUAUGCAUGUGUAUUGGUUCGUAUUAUCAGUUGAUUAAACCAAACGCAAAUAAAAUAAACUGUUUCCCUUCUAAUAA